AUGAAAAUAAACGUGGGCGGGAUGUCGCGCGGCGGCAGCGGCGCCGGCAAGGCGGCGACCGCGAAGCGCGUGCCGCCGCCGGCCGUGCCAGGCGACGCGUUCGCCACCCCGCAGCACCGCCACUCGGGCUCCAGCUUCGGCUCGCAGGGGUACGCCUCCUGCGAGGAGCAGCCUUACCCGCAGCCGCCGGACACGCCGUCUCAUACAAGAGAUGACCACUCAGACUAUGGCAGCACUGUAUCGGGAGUGUCCAGGGCGAGCAGCAGUUUGGGCAAAAGCCCGGCUGGUGGCGGAACGUUCACAUUUCCCCCACCAUCGCAGCCGCUUACACAUAAAGCUGCCGUAUACUACCAUCAUCAAUUGGCACUGAGCGAUGAUCAAGGGAUUGACAUGACACAGAGUCCGGGUCGAGACAGCCCGGGCUCGUCGUCAGGGUCCGCGGGUUCGGGGUCGCGGCACUCGUCCGCUUCGCUGGACAGCGGACGCGCGUCGGGCCGCCUGCCGCACCACCACCACGCGCCCUGCCACUGCGGCGACGCCGACACACUGCGCGCGAUGAUCGCACAGGGCCUGCCAGACUCGGACAUAAUUCACGCGUGGCUGGCCGACAUCCAAAUGGAGGAGUAUGCGAGGCUGUUCAUAGAAGCGGGCUACGAUCUCCAACUCAGUAACCAAGUGAAAAUAAAUUUUUCUCGAGAUCGCGUGGUAACCAAGUGA